AUGUUUGGCCAAAAUUCGCAAACCUUACGACAGACUCCCAACUCGUCUUUUUAUAUACGGGACAUCUUAGGAUCCGACUCGGGACAUCUUGGGAGUGCCGACAAAUUUCCGGAGUAUGAACACGGACAGAGAGACCAACCUUCCAUCACCUACCCUUCCGGCCACUAUGCAGGUCACGUAUUGUCACACCAGCCUCUGAUCCCAACCGCCAGGGCACAUCCAUUGGCUUACAGAGGUAAACUAGGUUUUCCAGUGGAAUCGUUGCUGGACCUACAAGAUACUGCUUCACUACCCAUUCCUCUUCCUGUGUAUAUCAGGUCUCGUUCUCCUGGGGAAGCUGCCGGAUUUAUGAAACCCAAGAAGUGUCGGAGGAGUCGCACAGUGUUUACCGAGCUGCAGUUGAUGGGAUUGGAGAAGAGGUUUGAAGCCCAGAAGUACCUAUCUACCCCCGACAGGAUCGAACUUGCGGAAUCCCUCGGACUUUCACAGGUUCAGGUCAAGACGUGGUACCAGAACCGCCGGAUGAAAUGGAAGAAAUGUGUAUGUUUGCUUUAAGCUAUUAUGAUAUAUAUCUCAUUUAUUCUAAACCUUUUCGAUGUCUACAAGUCUAUGCAUAUUGG